CCGCCGCUGCAGCGAUGGAAGCUUGCUUAGUGUAGACGAACAAGGAAAUUCAAAUAGAUUGAUGGUCGUGUACAAAAACUCUAGAAGUCGGCCUUAUUAUUUGAGGAGGUGUAAAAGGGUGAGGCCGACGAACAUAGAGUCCCUCCCCAGCGAGCUCUUAUCCGACAUCCUCGUGCGUCUGCCGGCUGAUCAUCUCUACGACAGAGUAAGGCUUGCGUGCCGCAGAUGGUACCACAUUAUCCAUUCUUAUGAUUUUGUCGACACACAAAUUCAGCAUUCUACAUAUGGACUUCUUCUCUACUGCAUCUGUGUGUGGGGCGGCCAUCAUCCAAUUCUCAUCACUGCAACGCAAGGCGGCCGAAUUGAGACAUCUGAGUACACUUACUUAUACAGAGGCAAGUUAAUAAACUGUUGCAAUGGUUUGUGCAUAGAGGCAUACUGCCGUAGUGGAUAUCCAUACAUUAUAAAUCCCUCAACAAAGCAAUCAUUCAUUAUCCCUUCAUUGCCUCAAACUCCAUAUCGUCUUGAUCUAUUUGGUAUGGUAUUUGCUCCACGUUCCAUGAAGUAUAAAUUGACUUCACCAUUUUGGAAGUUCAAACAGAUUCAUCUCGGCAUACUGACUUUUGGAGUCGAUAACUCGUGGAGACAUGCAUGUUGCGAUUGACAGUGUGCAUGGAUGUAAUGUGGAAUCUCUUUUG